AGAAAAAUCGUAUAAAGGAACGUACAAAACUUCAGACGGUACAAAAUUCUUUUUCACUGAAAUACAUUGAUGACUUGUAUAAAUUUAAAUUUGAUGUUGAUUUUAUUACACGAAACCAGAAGUGUGUGAGCGUUAAGACUAUGACUUAAAAUUAGUGUAAAUGUUAGAAUAAAAAGAUUAUGUUAUAACUAAAAUAUUAAUGUGAAUUACACAAAAAAAAAUACAAAAUGAUUGAAGACGAAGAGUUCGAGGAGAUGGUUUUGACCCCAGACCGAUUGAAGGUUCUGGGGUUCAAACCCCAGAAGGAACUACUCACCAACUUCUUGCUGCCGUAUGUUGACGAGCUGGAUAGAGAAUCGGCGAAGUUCAUUUUGGAAGUUAAGACAAACUUGGCUAAGGCUGUAAUGUUACGGGAAAUGAAACCAGGUGUCGGCGUCUGGGUAUCCAGAUUGAUGAAAUAUAUCCGCAUCAAUGGCUUGAAGUUUACUAAGGAAGAUCACAUAGCAUUCAUCAAACUGAUCUAUGAACUGGUGCUCAUACCCGAGCUAGAACCUGGGAAAGUUCAAAAAUUUGGAACCUUAUUCAUGAUGCUCACAAAGAAGCGACAUCUCAUCAGCCCGGAAGAGAUGACUCUGCCAUGGCGUCCUUUGUAUGAAUUGGGAAUAAAGUUGUUUGAAUCAAGCGCCACAAAUAUAGGGAUGUUGAAGUAUCUCUCGCCUAAAACGACUGAAACAGAGCUUGCCUCUGUGAUUACCAUGGUUCGGAAAUUUAUUUCCGGCUCCGGCUUAGACGAUGCCCUCAAAAUGUUCGGGUACCAAAUUCAGGAUGACAAUGAGUUUCCAAAAUCACUUGAAGGAUCCUAUCUAACGAUGGUGAAAUAUGCAAGGCCAUACUUUGAAGUUAGUGCGACGGAGGAGAUUCUGGACGAAAUGUUGCCACUGAUAUGUCCGUGGUCUUCCAACUCCCAGAUCUUGGGCCCCAUUACAGCAUUCAUACCAACAGGGCUACACCCUAAAUACGCCAAUCGAGGGCAUCUCCUUUGGUUUGAUCAGCUCAUGACUUUAUGGGACACCUGCUAUAAUUCACAAUGCUCUGUAUCGGACAUCAUGGUGCUAUUUGCUGGUCUCGCUAAGAAGAAUCCUGGAGCUAUAGACUGGACUCCUCAUGUACCGAAAAUGUUCACAAGAUUCCUACACGCCUUGAAUCUGCCCGUCAGCUACAAGGACAUGCAGUACAGCAAAAGUCACGCCCUUGACAUGAAGAACGUAGCGACUUGGAUAGCGUGGACCAUAAACCCGGACGGUCUAGUACUGAAACAUCUCAAAUCAUUCCUAGCUGGUAUUGAGAGUUACCUACACAGCGCCAACGCCGGUCGAUGGUCAUACAAGUUACGGGACCUACUAAGAAAACUUGCCAGAGAAUUUAUAUUUAGAGUUCGUCGCGAACGAGAAACGCAAUUAAACAAAACCUGGGAGAACUCAACACCGGAGCGCUACAAACUGCGCGACGAAGAUGUAACAGAAUUCGUGAAAAUCGUCCUCGAACCGACCUUCCAGGCGGUUUACAGCAGAAGUGGCUCAUUGGAUAUAUCGAUCGCGUUGCAAAACCUGGCCACGUUACGGCCAGCUAUAGUUAUACCUCCGCUAUUAGAAAAACUACGGACCUCGUUGGACUCGCUCACUGAGCCGCAUAGAGUCACGGCAGCCAUGUCUGCAGUGGCCGCGGUCGCUCGGCCGAUGCUCCGGGGGGUUGACGCAGAUUACCCCGAAGGUCAAACUCACGUAGUACCCCUGCUACUGGGAGUAUUACCCGGUCUGGAUCCCAAUGACAUAAAGAAGACUCUAGUGACAUUACACUUUAUACUUAUAUUUAGUACUAUGGUGCCAUACAUAGACUGUAGCUCGGCUCACGAGUAUUGGCCGGAUCUGACCGAGGAGGAAGUGCUCGUGUGCGAAUCGACGGCGAGAUUUGAAGACUUUGUCCUUAUAUUCUUCGAUAGGCUGUUUCUUAUCAUCCAAUCUAGCGUCAUGGAACACGCCCGUCUCGACACCAAGGAUUCUGAUUGGGUAAGGAGUAAAACAGACGCCGUGAUGGAAACAGCUAUCUCGUCUGCGUCUACGGCAGUCCUGAUGCAGUGCUCGCCAAAGAUCUUCAAAGAAGCGUUGAGGAUAUUCAAAUCGUUCGCAACAGAUUCGACGUUCGAAACUAACGUAUCCGGCAGUAUGGUAGGCGUGCUGUUGAGAGUUUUUUCACGAAUCGAUGCCGAAUCCACAUUAUCUGCUUUCUUGCCGAAACUCCUUGAAGAAAUACAGGAGUUGAUAGCGAACGACGAAGCUCUGAGAGAAGAGAAUCCGCCGCGUGAUCUGGUUUACAGGCUCGUGCUGUUGAAACACGUCGUAGACUGCGACGGGACCAAACUACUGAAAUACAUUCCUAACAUAUUACCAGUCUUAGAUAGGAUACUGCGCCUACAUUCGAAGUACGCCUUGACGCGAGCCUGCGAAGUCGUCAGUAACAUCCUUAACUCUUUGUCGUAUCUGGAUCUGAAGGAGUGGAAGAGUUCUCCCAAAGAUUACAACAGCGCCCCGCAGACUUGGCUGCCGAUUCGUGAGUGGGGCCGCGGCUGCGUCCUGAAGGAGACCAAUUUCAAGUGGCACGUGCCAUGCGCCGAGGAAGCAGAGUGUGCCCAAAUGAUAGUGGACAGAUACCUCAAACCGGAAAUAAAAAGGAUUCAGCAAUGGCUGAACGAUGAAAGGCCCAUGUGUCGCGAUCGUAGGGCGAGGUCUUUUCAUAUAUUCAAUGCUAUUCUAUCCUGCGCUUCCUUCAUGCCGCAACCCCAAGAACCUCCAGUAAUAUUUGUGGAGUCCCAAGUUCCACCGACGAACAUGCCUUACACAACUGGAAUUAAAUAUUCUGUGACGCUAGACGGCGAGAACCUGAGGGUGGCCAUGACAAGGACAUUACUCGCUGUACAGAAGAAGUUGUUGGAUGAAAAGACUGAUGACACACGCGGUUUGGAGAUGCUCAUCCAGGUUUGGGAACGUAUCAUUCUGAUGAAAGGCGUCCGUAUUGGUCCGGCUUUUGAAGGUCGUUUGCGAUCCUUCAGCGCGUUGGAACGAGCUUUGGACGGACGGGGGACGUUCGGCAAAACUGGAAUGGGUUUAGGGGAUGACCCGGCCAAUACGGCUAGGCUAAGGAUGCUCUUAGCCGAUGUAGCUAGACUGCAAGACGAGGCUAGGAUGGAUCUGGUAUGCGAGGCUGGUAUAACUCAAACAGCGCUUCACGCUUUACACGCGCUUUACGACUUGUCGAUCAACACCUACCCAUCGGUUCGAGUGUUGGCACAAAUACGUUUGUACUGGAUGCUGAGUCACUACGCGUACUCCUACCGCGCCAUAGUCCCACGCUUGGUAGAUUUGUUAACUAAGGGGGGAGAAGGGGACGAAUGGCACGCCAGUCACAAGGGAGCCUUGUAUAUAAUGUUAGGACCCAAAAACGGUCCAUUGAUAGCUAAACAGGACUGGGAAGUAGUUAGGGCGCUAUGGCCAGCGGUUAUGAGAGCCCCGCUCAGUGAGAAACCCAGUAUAUUAAGGCUCGAGCAAAACUUUAUGGAAUCGGUUCAUAGAAAUUUCCCGGCGGUGAACACUCGUUUAACAAUGACCCAAAACGCUGUAGAGGCUGCAAAAACACUUCUGCCUCCAGAAAACUAUAACGAUGAGCUCAAGGAUAAACUUGAUAAGGCGGCAGAUAGAGAGAAGGCGACUUCAGAUAAAAUGGAACUGGUUUAUAGAGAAUUGGUCGAAGACUUGGUCAGCAUAGCCGAGAUUCACAACCUGAAUUGGCACCGCCUCGAGCUGAUAAUGCUGAUGCUGACGUUCUGUCCUCUGGUACAAACGCCGUAUCCGGCUAAAGCCAUCCGCUUUAUGGUGCAGUCUCUCCUCCACGACAACAUCCAAGUACGGAAAGCGGCGCAGAGAUUGACGCACUUCGGCGUCAAGCAGAGAAAACAUAAGCUGAAGAAAAUAGAAGUUGACCCGUACGAGGUCGCCGGCGUGAAGCGCCCCGGCACGCUCACACCAGGGUAUAGAAAAGACUUGGAAUGGGCGAUGUGGUCACCGGACAAGAAGAUAACAACGGAUAAAGAAUGGGACGAGCCCUGGCUGAGGAACUACUGCUGCGGGUUUUACGCUUGGCCGAAGAAAUUAAAGGUGGCAGCUCCGAUUAGCGAACAGACGUACUCUUUGGAUAAGAAGCCAGAAGAUAUGGAAGAAGGUGAAAGAUACGUGUUCGAGUUCUUCAGCGAUCAGAGGAAUAUUGACAGACUGGUAGCCUUCUAUACGGUGGAAGAAAAGAAGGGCAAGGAUAAGUUUACGGGAAUAAGAUUCGCCAUGUUCAGAAUGGUGUUUUCUCAUUACGGUGAGCGUGUUUCUGAUCGUCUGUUGGCGGAGGCGUUACGUUGUGCAGCGUUGUCCCAUGAAGCGGCGCAGCGCUUCGCAGCGGAGAUAGCUGCUGCAGCGCUCCGUGCUCCACGAUACUGGCCGAGAGAUAGAGCGCUGCAAAUGUACAAGUCAGCGAUGGACAUCAUUGAAGCCGGUUUGACAUCAGUGACCCCCGAGACAAUGGAAGAUUGGGGUACAUGUUUGGCCACUGGAGUUGAGAAAAUGGACCCCAUAAGGGGGUCGGAGGUUCUACGGAGACUGGUUGAGCUGUGUGCGCCGCGAGCCAGCGGGGACUGGGACAACGAACAUACGUCGUUUGUGAUAUGUGCCAGAUUGUAUGCGUUACAGGGUGCGCUCGGAUCUCUGUCGUGGCGGACGGCCCCGCUCGCUAAGGUGUUGCUUCAACGUUUGGACGAAGCCAACUUUACUUUGCACCCUUUCCAGAAUGUUAGAGAAACUGUUGGCAGUAUCCUAAUGACCAUGUUUGACACGGAGCUAAUCUUCCCUGGCGGGGAGUCACACGCGCCUUGUUUCCAACAAUUCAUAGAUUCAGUGAAGCCGAGAUUGACAGCUCUGUAUGAUGAAUGUGGAGAUAUUGUUAUAAAGACGGCGGUGUCGUCUCUAUGUCAGUGUGGUCCGCGGGAUUGUGGUGGGGAUGAGAAUGUCACAGCGAAGUCGCGGCAAAUGCAUAGACUAUCACCGGAUAAUGUUGCUGUACAACAUCAGAUGAUCCAUCAAACUGACGGUUCAGCCGAAGCUACUGGUGAAACGGAAGCGGUGAGGGUGGAGCAGGAUGCUACGGAAACGGAUCCCGAACAACUGACGGCACGUAUAGACGGCACGCUCCGCCUGUCAGGGUCGCUGGUCCGCGCGCCGCCCCCGCCCGGCACGACCGCCGCCGACGACGUGCACGGCUGUACUGACUACAGCUCGUGCGUCACGCGCAGGGCUGCCAACCUCCUCUCCACAGUUCUUCGUUGCUGUAUGGGUGUGACCGUGCGAGGUGUGAAUUGUAACACGGAGGUUCAAUAUCAGCUGGUAAACAUUGCUUGCGCCCUCGCAUCCAGAGGACCCCCUCAACCGCACGAGGAGUUACCGAAGGCAGCUGGCGGGUUCCUAGCCAGCCUCGCUCUAGCUAACCAUUCUUAUCAGGCCUUCGACAGGGCUUUGGACGUUUUAGAGUCACUCGCAGAUGGUAGGUCGUGGUGGGCGAGGCUAGCGUGUUUAGAUUUCGCCCAGCCGUUGCUCUUCUACGGCCUGCCUAUGCUAUGUGAUAAACAGGAACGGGCAGUCCGAGCUGAGAAGUUCGCAUUGAAGCUUAUGAAAGAUGCCCGUGUUGAGGUUCGUCAAUCCGCUGCUAAACUUCUUACGGGACUGAUGCACUGCCGCGCUCUGGCGGACGAAGAGAAAAGUAUAAAAGUGUUCCUGAAGAGCUGUAGAUCAAAGGAAUUGGUCGAGAGACAUUUCGGCGUGCUAGGACUCUGUGCAUAUGUGGCCUCUCGACCUUACAGCCUUGGCCCAAGACUUGGGCGAGUGUUGCAAGAGUUGGCCAAACACACCAACGCUCCGGAUCCAAUACCGGCCACUAUAAGGACGGCGUUGGCUGAUUUCAGGCGAACACAUCAAGACGAUUGGCCCAAACAUCGCGACCAACUCACCGAAGAGGAACUAGAUCUUCUCGCCGAUUUGACAUCUCCACCCUCAUACUGUGCUUAAGAAAUUACACUUUUGGCUUUUGGAACUUAGUUGGUAUUCUAUUAUUGCGGUGAUGUUUAUAAAAUUUAGGUAAAUCUUCAAAAUAUAUAUAAGAAAGCAAAUUAUUCGUACAAUUUUAUUUCUAUAAUUAUUUUUGACUCCAGAAACAAAACAAAAGGAAUAAUAAAGCGUAAAAGUGAAAAAAAAAACUGCAUAAAAAUUUCCGGUCACAAAAAAAUACGUUGUAAAAUGUUAUACUUUCUAAAAAAAAAAAGUUUUGUUAUUUUUUUAUGUUUAAUCUGUUUGAUGCAAAAGGUUUGAUGGGAAUUUUAGUAUUUCCAACGAAAUUUAUAACACUGUUUAUGCUACAGAUUUUUCAGUCCAUAAAAUUUCUAAGGAGUGCAAUACUACAUAAUUUUAUAACAUUAUUAAUUUAGUACACUUAACAUAUUAACAGAUUUACAUUCUUCAUGUAACGUUAUUCUUGUUUGAUGUUGUUUUGAUGACUUCGAGGUUGUUGGGUUAUGGUUAUUUUUUAUAUAAUGCAUCUGUCAACUGGGAGGUUUUGUAAAAAUUGUAAAAAUAUUGUAUUAUCUUUAUAGAAUUGUAAUAAAAUAAAAUAAUGAUUAACGAGA